AUGAAGUUCUCUUAUCCUCUUGUCGCUACGCUUGUGGGCGUGGUUGCCGCCAGCCCGCUCGGAGACUCAUCGCUCGGCAGGCGAGACGCCAACAAGUUGAACGAAGAGGUCCAAAAAUUCAAUGAGCUCAUCCAAGAGUUCCAAAAGACCAAGGACGACAGACAGCAGAACAAAGGCGAGGGCUGGCAGGAAAGAAUCGACAGUCUGAACGAAAUCAGCCAGAAAAUCGCCAAAGGAGAAGAUGUCGCCGGGAACAUCAAAAGGAUCGAGAAAGAAGUCGACGGGAUGAGGCAGAGCAGAGAAGACACCCUUGAUCGACGUACCAAAUGGAUCUUUGAAUUUGAGCAGGCCCAGGAAGACCUCCAGGCCGCCCUCGACAGUUGA